AUGUCGUCGGUAGAAGAUCUUGUACAGAUUCCUCCCGCUACCAGCCCUCUUCUACUGCCGACGAGAGGUCGUAGCUCUGCCUCGGGCUCGAUUGCAGCUGGAGCAGCAGCACCCAAUGCAACCACGGGGAGCAGUCGUCAGGCCGGAAGUCGUCAUGGCGCCGCGCACCGUCAUAGCUCCGUCGACUCGAUCAUGCUCGAGCAGGACAUUCCCGAAGACCUCGAGCUCGAGUUCAUGGCUCCGGGAGAUUACACCGAUCGGUACCGCUCCGGAAGCUACGACGACGACGACGGCGAGACCCGUAGUGGCAGGAGUGACAGCGAAGACGGCGCCGAGUUUGACGAGGAUGAGAACGAGCUCGACGAUGAACAAGACAUUGAGGAUUUUUCGCUCGAAGAUGGUCACAUCGCUGGCGUAGCGAGCUGCAACAUGAGGCUAUCCGCAAAGUCAGUCAUCUUUCAAUCGUUGCUGUCGCCGAUUAGGUUGGGUAGGGAUGGGGAGAAGCGGAUUAGAGCUCAGUUGGCCCACCUUGUGAUCGUCCGACCACGGUACAAGAUCUGAACCUUGUUCUACCAUCUUACAGACACUAUCAAUCGCCCGAGUUCAGUGCAUCUCUGCUCGAGCUGUUGCGAGACGACCUGCAGGUGCCUGGUUGGGUUGAACUCCCUAUCGACCUCCCUCCUUCGGCGAUCCACAUCCACAAGGUAUCCGGGUCUCUCACCAAUGCCGUCUUUUUUGUUUCGGUGCCGGAAACUGUCUUCGAAUUGCAUCUCGACCAACCGGACUCCUUUGCAUCUGAUGGGCAUACCACACCGCCGCUAUCGUACGGCAACAGCGAGUCGGCGGCGUCCACCCCUCUGAACCGAGCCACCGUCCUGAGCGAGCUCGAAAAGGGGCGAUCGACCCCCAAGCCUGGCCAAGGUGGCCUCAAUACCAACGGAGCAUUAACCAGCAGGGCAAUCCCUCCCGCCUCCAAGUCAAAUUCGAAGGGGCCAGUCGAGAGCGUCGCCAUUUCGGCACCAACUCUGCUUCUUCGCAUCUACGGUCCUUCGUCCGGGUCGCUCAUCUCUCGCCGCACCGAGCUGCACAUCCUCCACACCCUAUCCUCGUCCUACCAGAUCGGUCCUCGUGUGCUCGGCACGUUCUCCAAUGGUCGCGUUGAGGAGUACUUCCACUCGCGGGCGCUGCACAAGGAAGAAAUGAGGGAUGAGCGUAUUUCGCGUUGGAUCGGUCGACGCAUGCGCGAGCUUCAUUCUGUCCGCCUGGACGAGAUGGUUCCAUCGGGAGGCCCAGAGCGCAGUCCUUCAUCGGGAUCCAAACCGCAGCGGCCGCCACUUGAGCAUGCCGGUGCUCACAAGUCGUCGUCGGCAUCGAUCUACUCUGUUUCGUCGAGCUCCUCAAUUUUCUCGUUCGGCGCCUCGUACUAUUCUGACUCGUCGAGUAACGCCGGUUCGUACGCUGGCUCGAUGGAGGGAUCCCAGUUUGGCACCCCCGUCGUCAGCUCUCCCCAUCUGCUGCCGCGUCAGGCGAGCGAGUCGCGGUCUGGGAACAAGAGGCGCAGUCGCGCUGGCUCGAUCGCGAGUGGAAGUAGUCUGCGCAGUCGUCGGUCGACCAAGGACCGACUCGGGGUCUGGGAAAACAUCACGCGUUGGACGAGGGAAGCCAAAGUCGUCUUGCAAGCCCUCGACGAGCUCGCGUCGAUGCCCGGUUUUGACUCCUUCUUUGACCCGCCGCCUCCGUCGCCGAUAAUCCGAGCCGUCGAUUUGGGUGAUUCGACUGCCACACCGACCGUCACGCCCCCAAACGAUGGCACGGGUGCCUCGUCGAGCAGUGGCCAGCAUGUCCCGCCUCUGUCUUCCCCGAUGCACACCAUCGCCCUCCGCGCGGCACUCAACCUGCCGCUGUUCGAGCAGCAAGUCAAAAUGUACCGUCGCUACGUCCACCAGUGGGAGAAGCGGGAAGGCAAAUCCAAGCGCGUCUUUGCGCAUAACGACACUCAGUACGGUAACCUGUUGCUGCUGACGCCGACCGACGAAGAGAGGCAGAACGGCGAGGACGACGUCGCCGCAUUCGAUCGCUCCCUCGCGGCACCUCACCAGAAGAUCAUUGUCGUCGACUUCGAAUAUGCCUCCGCAAACCCUCGAGCGUUCGACAUUGCGAACCAUUUCAUAGAAUGGCAAGCUGACUACCACCACCCGUCCAUGUCGCACGCCUUGUCGACGAACAAGUACCCGAACCGCGCCGAGCGUCAGCGCUUUCUGCGAGCCUACGUCGGAUGCGAUCAAGGUCGAGAUGUAUCGCGACAAAGUUCGAGCUCGUCCUUGUAUUCGGAUGGAGCGGCGAGUCCGCAGAGGGAGGAUGUACGCGUCUUGCGCUUGGAAGAUGAAGUGAGGGUGUGGGAAGCGAGCUCGCAUGCGAUGUGGGCCGUUUGGGGUAUCGUCCAAGGCAAGGAGGACUUGUUAGUCAUGGUGGAGAAGUGGAAGAAGGUUUGCAAGAUCCGCCAGGAACGCAAGACACGAGGAGAGGUGGGUCUCGCGAAAGGCCUUGAAAAGGUCAACCUCGAGGAACAACAAUCGGCUGAUUGUAAAGACGAAGGAGCGACCCGACCGGUCUUGAGAAGGGGCAAGAGUGGUGAGAUUGUCAAUCCCGAGGACACGGCGGAGCAGGAAGUCGAGGAAGACGAUACAGAGAUGAUCGCCGUCGACUUUGAUUACCUGUCGUACGCUUUUGGUCGCAUGGACUUGUUCAGGAACCAACUCAAAGCACUUGGUAUUGUGGACUAG